AUGUUCUCCAAAAUGGCCAUGUACCUGACAGGUGAGCUGACAGCCACCAGUAAAGACUAUAAACUUCUGGAAAAUAUGAACAAACUAACUAGCUUGAAGUAUCUAGAAAUGAAAGAUAUAGCAGUACCCAGAAGUAGAAACUCAAAAGCCUUAAAGCAGAAACAUGCAGCACUUCAGCCUUAUCUGGAUCAGAUCACUUCAAUUGAGGAGCAAGUAGCAGCUCUGGAGCAGGCAGCCUGCAAGUUGGAUGCACAUUCAAAGAAACUAGAAGCAAAGUACAAGCAGUUAGAGAGGCGAUGA